AUGGCGACAUUAAUAGUUCAAACUCGUUUAGUUCUUCUGUUGGCACUUAUAAGCGUUGUGGCUGCAUUUCCAAAUUGGUUACACUUUCCACAUCCAUUAUUUCAUUUCCGCCCAAUUCCAAUCCAUCGUCCAAUUCCAAUCCCUCGUCCUAUUCCAAUUACACUUCCGGUCUCUCCUCGGAUCCCAAUCCCUCAUGUACCUUCAUUUGGGGAGUGCUUAGCACCUGUUAUUGGCAUUGGCGGAUGCUUGAAGGCCAUCUAUGAAGUUGCAAUCUUUGGCAAUGAUCGCAAUAUAGUAACUCUGAAUCCUUUUGAAUCUUGUUGUGAGGCCAUCAGUAAUAUCAGUAUGUAUUGUUGGCCCUUUAUUUUACCAGGAAAACCUGACAUUGGCAAUCAACUCAAAAGCAUUUGUGCCGUAAAAGAGACACCUCCACCUCUAUCACCACCAGCUGCACCAACAAAAAUAGAGCCAUUCCCGCCACUAAUAAUAGCACCGACAAUAGAAAGACCAUUUCCUACAACAGUUCCACCUGUAAAUCAAGAGGCCUUUCCACCUGUAGUAGUUCCACCCGUAGUAAAAAAACCACUUCCUACAACAUUUGCACUUGCAAAUCUAAAGGCUUUUCCACCUAUAGCAGUUGCACCCGCAGUAAAAGAAUCACUUCCUACAACAAUUGCACAUAUAAAUCAAGAGGCUCUUCCACCUGGAGCAAUUGCACCAAUUAUAAAUCAAGAGGCAUUUUCACCUAUAAAUGUUGCGCUAAAGAAACAAGAGGAAUUAUCGCCUAAAGCAAUUGCGCCUAUAAAAGAAGAGUCAAUACCACCAACACCAGUUGCACCAAUGAAAGAAGAGUUACUUUCACCAAUAAUAGUUGGACCAGCAAAGCAAAAGGAACUUCCACCUAUAACAACCACACCAGUACAAGAGGCAUUUGCACCUAUAGCAAUUCCAUUAGUACAUGCAAAAGCAUUUCCGCCUGCAAUAGCUACAUCGGUAAAUCAAAAGGCAUUAUCUCCUAUAGCAAACGUACCAGUAAGUCAAGAGUCUCUUGCACCUAGUAAUCAAGAGGCUCUUCCACCUGUAGCAGCUGCACGCGCAAUAAAAAGACCACUUCUAACAACAAUGGCACCAAUAGGAGUUGGACAAUCAACACGAGAUGAAUUUCAGCCUACAACAGUUGCACCAGAGCAAGAGGCAUUUGCACCUAUAACAAUUCCAUCAGUACACACAAAAGUAUUUCCGCCUGCCUUAGCUGCAUUAGUGUAUCAAAAGGCGUUUUCACCUCCAGCUAGUCCACCAGUAAGUCAAGAGGCAUUUCCACCUGUAAGUCAAGAGGCUCUUCCACUUGUAGCAGUUGCACCAAUUACUAAUCGAGAGGCAAUUCCACCUGCAAAUGUCGGGCCAACAAAACAAAAUGAAUUACCAAUUAGAGUAAUUACGCCUACAAAAGAAGAGCCAAUCCCACCAACACCGGCCGCACCAAUAAAAGAAGAGUUACUUCCACCAAUAGCAGUUGGACCAACAAAACAAGAAGAACUUCCACUUACAGCAGUUGCACCGGUACAAAAGGUAUUUGUGCCUGUAGCAAUUCCAUCAGUACACACAAAAGUAUUUCCGCCUGCCAUAGCUCCACCAAUAAGUCAAGAUUCUCUUGCACCUGCAACAGUUGCACGAAUAAUAAAUCAAGAGGCCUUUCUACCUGUAAAUCAAGAGGCUCUUCCACCUAUAGCAGUUGCACCAAUUACAAAUCGAGAGACAAUCCCACCUGCUAAUGUUGCGCCAAUGAAACAAGAUGAAUCACCCCCUAGAGCAAUUUCGCCUAUAAAAAAAGAACCAAUCCCACCAACACCAGUUGCACCAAGAAAAGAAGAGUUACUUUCACCAAUAGCAGUUGGACCAACAAAACGAGAAGAACUUCCACCUAUAGCAGUUGCACCAGUACAAGAGGUAUUUGCGCCUGUAGGAGUUCCAUCAGUAAACACAAAAGUAUUUCUGCCUGCCAUAGCUGCACUAGUAUAUCAAAAGGCGUUUUCGCCUCCAGCUAGUGCACCAGUAAGUCAAGAGGCAUUUCCAUCUGUAAGUCAAGAGGCUCUUCCACCUAUACCAGUUGCACCAAUUACUAAUCGAGAGGCAAUUCCACCUGCAAAUAUCGCGCCAAUAAAACAAGAUGAAUUACCACAUAGAGCAAUUACGCCCACAAAAGAAGAGCUAAUCCCACCAACACCAGCCGCACCAAUAAAAGAAGAGUUAGUUCCUCCAAUAUCAGUUGGACCAACAAAACGAGAAGAACUUCCACCUACAACAGUUGCACCGGUACAAGAGGCAUUUGCGCCUGUAGGAAUUCCAUCAGUACACACAAAAGCAUUUUCGCCUGCCAUAACUGCACUAGUAAGUCAAGCGUCUCUUGCAACUGCAACAGUUGCACGAAUAAUAAAUCAAGAGGCCUAUCCACCUGUAAAUCAAGAGGCUCUUCCACCUAUAGCAGUUCCACCAAUUACAAAUCGAGAGAUAAUCACACCUGCAAAUGUUGCACCAAUGAAACAAGAUGGAUCACCCCCUAGAGCAAUUUCACCCAUAAAAGAAGAGUCAAUCCCACCAACACCAGUUGCACUAAGAAAAGAAGAGUUACUUCCACCAACAGCAGUUGGACCAACAAAACGAGAAGAACUUCCACCUACAUCAGUUGCACCAGUACAAGAGGUAUUUGCACCUAUAGGAGUUCCAUCAGUACACACAAAAGUAUUUUCUACUGCCAUAGCUGCACUAGUGUAUCAAAAGGCAUUUUCACCUCCAGCUAGUGCACCAGUAAGUCAAGAGGCAUUUCUACCUAUAAGUCAAGAGGCUCUUCCACCUAUAGCAGUUGUACCAAUUACUAAUCGAGAGGCAAUUCCACUAGCAAAUGUCGCGCCAAGGAAACAAGAUGAAUUACCACAUAGAACAAUUACGCCCACAAAAGAAGAGCCAAUCCCACCAACACCAGCCGCACCAAUAAAAGAAGAGUUACUUCCACCAAUAGCAGUUGGACCAACAAAACGAGAAGAACUUCCACCUACACCAGUUGCACCGGCACAAGAGGCAUUUGCGCCUGUAGCAAUUCCAUCAGUACAUACAAAAGCAUUUCAGCCUGCCAUAGCUGCACCAGUAAGUCAAACGUCUCUUGCACCUGCAACAGUUGCACGAAUAAUAAAUCAAGAGGCCUUUCCACCUGUAAAUCAAGAGGCUCUUCCACCUAUAGCAGUUGCACCAUUUACAAAUCGAGAGACAAUCCCACCUGCAAAUGUUGCACCAAUGAAACAAGAUGAAUCACCCCUUAGAGCAAUUUUGCCCAUAAAAGAAGAGCCAAUCCCACCAACACCAGUUGCACCAAGAAAAGAAGAGUUACUUCCACCAAUAGUAGUUGGACCAACAAAACGAGAAGAACUUCCACCUACAGCUGUUGCUCCAGUACAAGAGGUAUUUUCACCUAUAGGAGUUCUAUCAGUACAUACAAAAGUAUUUCCGCCUACCAUAGCUGCACUAGUGUCUCAAAAGGCAUUUUCACCUCCAGCUAGUGCACCAGUAAGUCAAGAGGCAUUUUCACCUAUAAGUCAAGAGGCUCUUCCACCUAUAGGAGUUGCACCAGUUACUAAUCGAGAGGCAAUUCCUCCUGCAAAUGUCGCGCCUGUCACGACCCACUUUGUGGGCCCGUGA